ACACUAAAAUGGUUCUUGCAGAUUUAGGCAGGAAAUUAAAUGCAGCCCUCUCAUCGCUCAGAGCUGCACCUGUGGUUGACGACAAGGUUAUAGAUGCGCUCCUCAAGGAAGUCUGUGCUGCCCUUCUCGAAUCAGAUGUGAAUGUGAAACUGGUAUCGCAGCUGAGAUCGAAGGUCAAGGCGAAGGUAAAAGCGCAAUUCGAGGCUGGUGCGGAUAGAGGGAAGGAGCAGAAUCGGAAGGCUGUCGUACAGAAGGCAAUAUUCGAUGAACUUGUACAACUCGUGGACCCUGGCGUUGAUUCGUACAAGCCUAGGAAAGGGCAUCCGAACGUUAUUAUGGCUGUCGGUCUUCAGGGGAACGGUAAAACAACGACAUGUACCAAACUUGCAGUUCACUACCAAAAGCGAGGUUUCAAGUCCUGUAUAGUCUGUGCCGAUACCUUCCGUGCAGGAGCGUUCGAUCAAACCCGACAAUCAGCAACGAAAGCCAAAGUAGCGUACUUCGGGUCGUACACGGAAACGGAUCCUGUCACUAUUGCCGCGCAGGGUGUAGCAAAGUUCAAGAAGGAGAAAUUUGAAGUGAUUAUCGUGGAUACGAGUGGACGACAUAAGCAGGAAAGCGAGUUGUUCCAGGAGAUGGUGCAAAUUGGCGAGGCUGUGAAACCGGAUAUGACUGUACUUGUUCUUGAUGCGAGUAUUGGACAGGCGGCAGAGGCGCAGAGUCGGGCGUUCAAGGAGAGUGCGGAUUUCGGUGCAAUUAUUGUUACGAAGAUGGACGGACACGCAAAGGGAGGAGGAGCUAUCUCUGCCGUCGCUGCCACAAAAACGCCAAUCAUUUUCCUUGGUGUUGGUGAACAUCUGACAGACCUUGAUCGAUUUUCUCCUCAACCAUUCAUAUCGAAACUGCUUGGCUUGGGCGAUGUACAAGGAUUGAUGGAACACAUGCACGACCUCGCAAAUGCUAAUCCUGAAAAACAAAAGGAAAUGGCGAAGAAACUCGAGGAAGGAAAGCUCAGUAUCCGCGACUGGCGAGAACAAAUACAAAAUAUUAUGAACAUGGGUCCGCUAAGCAAGAUCGCAUCCAUGAUUCCCGGGUUCCCGCAAGACAUGCUUCAAGGCUCCGACGAAGAAGGCACGCUCCGUAUGAAACGCAUGCUAUACAUAACAGACAGCAUGUCCGCCCAAGAACUCGAUUCCGACGGCUCCCUCUUCCUCACAUUCGGAAAAGACGGAAAACCAGACGGGAUAACAUGGCGCGUCACACGCGUCGCCCGAGGGUCAGGUACAUCCGUGCGCGAAGUAGAAGAACUCCUCUGCCAAUAUCGUAUGAUGGCCAACAUGGCCAAACAAGCUGGAGGGAAGAACGGGUGGAUGCAGGCUGUGCAGAAGAUGCAAGCUGCAGCGGGAGGGAAGGGACGAGGAGCGGGUGGGAUGCCAAGUCCCGCUCAGAUUCAGGCUAUGCAGCGGGCGAUGCCGCCUGGGAUGAUGCAGCAGAUGCAGAGGGCGAUGAGAGGUGGGGGAGGUAUGCAGGAGAUGAUGAAAACGAUGAUGAGGGGACAGGGAGGAGAUCAGUUCGAUAUGGAGGAGAUGCAACGCAUGAUGUCGCAGAUGGGCGGUGGAAUGGGCGGUCUUGGAGGAUUGGGCGGGUUAGGUGGACUGGGAGGCGGCGGAACGGGAGGUACUGGAGGAAUGCCAAACAUGGCAGACAUGUUCAAGAUGAUGGGUAUGGGUGGGGGAAAUCGAUGAUAAUGAUUCUCAGUACUUUCG